AUGAAAGAAAUAGCAUCCAUCCUCAUCAGCUUUGACCGACAUAAAGAAUGGCUGGCUAAAGACGUCACCAUCAGACCGCCUAGUGGUUCUAUGUUCUUGUAUGAUCGCAAGCGAUCAAAGUAUCGUAGAGAUGGUUACUCUUGGAAGAAGCGUCGUGAUGGGAAAACCAUUCGAGAAGAUCACAUGAAACUCAAAGUACAAGGUGUGGAGAAUCCUGAUGUCGUGCUAGUCCAUUAUUUGAAUGUGAUACCAACAUCCAAUGAGGAUGUGGAGGUCUCUGUGAAACUUCCAUCGAAAGACUGGAAUCAACAAGAUCUCCUCCUGCAACUCCGCCCAAUGUUCUCUCUGGAUAAUAAGGAUGGAGAGAGUGUGCCAGGUCUGGAGGCGGAAGGGAAUAAGGCACUGGAGAUGAUAGUACAACAACUGUUGGGUCGUGGGACCCGAGAUCGAUUGGACAAAUCAAGAUAUGGUGGAUCUCAAAAGCAGGAAGGAAGCAGGAAUGGAGGAAAGAGCCGAGAUCCGUGUUUGCCCCUUCCCCAAGACCCUUUCCCAACCCUCUUCCCUGAUCUCAACCUUGGACAUCAGGAGCAUGUCAUGGUGUCCAUCACUGACUUUGCUCCUCAGACAGCACCUUGCCAGAGCAUCUUGAGAGGCAUUGUCUGUUUUGAACAGGGUGGAACCAAGAUGCUCCUUAUGCUGGACUGUGAUCUCAACCCUCUUUCCUCCGUGGAGACCCGAUACCAGGUGGACUUUGAUGGGCUGAUUGUUCCUGCUGUUUAUGUUCAGCCACAAGUCCUCUCCUGCACUAUCCCAUCUCAUGCACCUGGAAAGGCUUUGUUCCAUGUGUCUCUCAAUGGCACUCCCUUGUCUAGUCCUCAGACUAUGACAUUCACCCAAGCACCUGGUCCUGUUGCGGCAGACCUCUUGCAGAGACUUCAGUCUCUCUCACUCUCCCUCAAUCAUACCGACAACAUGUUUAUCCACAUACUGGUGCUCCGUUUUGCAAUUGAUGAAGUCCUAUCCACAUACAAAAAGAAGGAAGUAUGUGAUCUGGCUCUCAAUAAGGAAGACUGGUAUCAGGUGCAAGAGCUUUGCAAUAUAGGAGAAGAACUCAUAGACAAUCUUGGAUAUGCAAAUGCUCCACCACCUAAAGUGAUGAAAUCUGAAGGACUCUUGAAAUUGCUCUGCCAUAUGAAAGUCUCAAACAAGAAUAAGCAAACAAUAAUCAACAAUGUUGAACCACGGGACAUCUGGGAGGAGAGUCUAGUCUCCUAUGCGCGUCAUCUCAUUCCUGGUCAGUGGAAUCCAAGCACUUCUGCUUGUACUGCUGAUGCACCAAGAUCCACCAUACUUCAUGCAGCUGCCUCACUUGGAUAUGCACGGCUGAUUUGCGUCUUGUUGCACUGGAAGGUGGAAAAUUCAUCAACACUCUUGGAACGAGAGGUUGACACUCAGAGUCGUGAUCUUCGUGGAUUCUCACCACUUAUGUGUGCAUGUGAGAAGGGACAUAUGGAAGCAGCAUUGGUUUUAUAUCAGUGGGAUAGACGGAGUGUGGAUUUAAGGGACAAUGAAGGAAGAAGUGCUCCUGAUAUUGCCCUUGCUAAUGGGUUUGCUAACAUCGGGAAGGAGAUUCAACGACUGGAAUCUACUUUCGCCAUGGAAUUGCGAGAUAUCCCACGCCGCCUAAUCAAGAGAGCAAGCACAGAUUCUGGACUGGAUAUGACCCAUCAGAGACGGAGUUCUUCAUUCUCAACACCUAAUGGCUUCGGCAUCGACAGCUUCCAACCUUACUGUAGCCAUGGCGUCAAUGGUGCAACACCAGAGGCGAAUCUCUGUGGUUGUCAAUACAUGUCAUCAGUGAUGAAGAACCUGAAGCCAAGUUCUGUGCUCUGGACUGACAAGGAGGGUCUUUUGUCCUUUGUUGCAGAGGGCAUCCAAGAGAACCAUGGUACAUGCCGAGAAGUUCAAUUCCUCACCCUGGCUGAGCAGAUCAUUGCUGCUCUUCCUGCCAGAAUCAAGCAGAAUGAUGAAAACAGCAUGGAGGAAGACCAUUCUGCAAGCCCAUUGCAUUUGGAUGUCUCAUGUGAUACUUGCUACAGGCAUCACACUGGAGAAGGAGUUGAAACAGGAGGGACACCAUGCAGCAGUUUGAGCCCAGCUUCAUCUUCACUUUGCAUCCCCAGUCCCUCUUCCUCAUGUACCCCCAACCCUACUCAAGCAUCUGCUCCUACCACAGCUGACUUCACUGAAUUUUUUGCUGCCUCUGAACAAGAUCUUGCUAAACUUACCCUUUCAGAUGAAGAACAGAGGGAGCUAUAUGAGGCAGCAGUGCGCAUUCAGAAAGCAUACCGGUCAUACAAGGGAAGACGCAAACAGCAGCAGGAGGAGCAGGAAGCUGCCCUUGUCAUCCAGAACUACUACAGGAGAUACAAACAGUAUGCAUACAUGAAAGAGAUGGGAUGGGCUGCAUCCCUGAUCCAGACAUCAUACUGCCCAUACCCGACAGAUGGCAAGCAGUCAGGGAGUCGAGAGGGCACACCAAGUUCCUCACAUCUCAAGCGCACCUUCUCUCAGCGAAGGAGAGAACAUCAGGCUGCACGAAAGAUCCAGCAAUUUAUGCGUCAGUCUACCUCUAAAUUGGCACAAGAGCGUGCCCAAGCUGUGGAGGUCCACGCAAGUACUAGUCUCCAUCUCCAUUACACAAGGAAAGUAGAAAUGCAGAAGACAAGAGAGAAGAGGGAGGGAAGAUGGCUGAAUGCAUGUGAAGAGUUGGAGGAGGAGGAGGAUAAUCUGUUCGUCUUAACCCGUAUUGUUGAGAUUGGCCUCAUUGGCUCUGCCUAG